GGGUUUUCCUAUGUGGAGCAAUACGCGCUCCAAGCCGGGCCUCAGUGUUCCAGCUCGUGUGCUGAGAUCUCCUAGAUCAAAGCUGUGGUGUCCGUUGUUUUCAGCAAGAGAGCGCAGGAAACCACCGUGCUACAGCUGCCACCCCUCGCUUCCUGCUUUGAGUACGUGUGUGGGAGAGCACGAACCUCGUGUGAACCUAUUGCUGCAUGUGAGAGGGGAAAAACAGCGGUGUAAACAACAUCUGCCACGCUGGAAGUGAAAGGCGCUGCUGGGGUUUGGUUGGGGUGAGAACGCGGCUUCCACUGGUGUUUCAACAGCGGCAAAACCUGCUCACCGGUAUGGGAAGCGAGGAGGCAGAGGAAGGGGGAGGCUGGAUUCUUCAAAGCGAAGAUGCCUGCAGAAGGAUCCUGCUUCAGCAUCAAAGGUGUGCGAGGAGCAGAAGUGUGAAGAAGAGGUCUUCCCCUUGGCCAUGAACUACGUGGAUCGCUACCUGUCCUCGGUCCCCGUGCGCAAGAGCCACUUGCAGCUCCUGGGAGCAGUCUGCAUGCUCCUGGCCUCCAAGCUGCGUGAAACCAUGCCCCUGACCGUGGAGAAGCUCUGCAUCUACACAGACAACUCCAUCACGCCUCAGCAGCUCCUGGAUUGGGAGAUUCUGGUCCUGGAGAAGCUAAAGUGGGACCUGGUCUCGGUGAUCGCCAAUGAUUUCCUGGCUUACAUCCUCUGUCGCCUCCCACUGCCGAAGGACAAGAUGGAGCUGGUGAAGAAGCACGCACAGACCUUCAUCGCCCUGUGUGCUACAGACUACACUUUUGCCAUGUACCCCCCAUCCAUGAUCGCCACGGGCAGCAUCGGAGCCGCCAUCAACGGCAUCACGGUCUCUGUGAGCGACUUCAGCGGCGAGGCCAUGACCGAGCUCCUGGCCAGCAUCACCGGCACCGAGGUGGACUGCCUGAAGGCCUGUCAGGAGCAGAUCGAGGCAGCCUUAGCCGAGAGCCUGAAGCAGGCAUCCCAAACCCCGCAGGAGCUCCGUGCCUCCAAGAGCGCCGCGUACCCGGGCAGCCAGCCCACCGGCACGCCGACAGACGUCACGGACGUCAACCUGUGAGCAGCCACGUCCCCAGAGCCCAGCCCCGCUGCAUCGGGCCCCGCACACCCAAGGGUUGCUGCAUCCCC